AUGGCUGAGAGAAGCCCUUGGUGGAGGUCAUUUGUGGGCAAGAGAAGGACCGCUGCCCGAGAGUCUGCCAAAGAGGCCAUGCUUGCCCAGCAACAAGCUCAGGACUCCCAGCCUCAAAGCUCCACGCAGGCAAAGCCAUCGCAGAACCACAGAAGCCAUGCCCAGAGAAGAGGAGCGGACAGCACAGAUGACCUGGAGCCCACCUUCAACGAGACGACCAAUCGGCGCAACCUGCGUGUGUCCCGCUCAGGACGCUUCAAGGAGAGGAAGAGGGUUCGUGGGACUCUGCCACAGGAUGACGAAGAGCAUACUAAGAAGUCCUCUGCUAAAGAUGACACUAGUGCAUGGGACUAA